AUGAGAGCCGCUCUAAUUGCUACUGCGUGGGUGCGAGUGCGCACAACUGCGGGAAACGAACAAUGUUUACGAGCCAUAAUUGAUUCGGGAUCGGAGUGUUCGUUACUUUCCGAAAGGGGCUCCCAACUAUUGCGGGUACCUCGAUCCGAAUGUUCGACGUCGAUUUCCGGGAUCGGCGCCACUGUCUCCGGAGUGGUCAAACAUGCAGCUCGAAUUCAGGUGUUACCGCAAGAUUAUACGGGUGAUCCUAUAUUUGUAGAGGUAUUAAUUUUACCAAAACUAUCUAGUUAUGCACCACGUAGGUAUGUAAAGUCGAGUCAUUGGCCACAUCUAAGGCAAUUGCAGUUAGCCGAUCCUGACCCAUGUGGUAAUCAUCCAAUUGACUUAAUACUUGGUGUUGAUUGUUAUGAUAAACUAGUUUACGCUGAUCGAUUUAAGUUCCCGGGUGGACCUUCAGCUAUCCGUUCGGUAUUUGGAUGGUUAUUACGGGGUCCUAUAGAGGACGCAGCCGCUAGUCAUCACGUUUCCGUGACGUCGUUACACGUCACCUUUAAUAAUGAUUUAAUUCGAGCUGUAGAACGCUUUUGGGAAGUGGAAGAAAUUCCCCAUCAAACGCAUUUAACGGAGGAGGAAAAUUAUUGCGAAAGGUUGUUUGUCGAAACCACGACCCGUGAUCAAGACGGAAGGUUUACGGUCGCGUUACCUUUUAAAACCCCUCCUCCUCUGAAUCUUGGAAAUUCCUUAAAAGUGGCACAAGCCCUGUUCAUCAGAAUGGAGCGCCGGCUGGAUCGCGAUCCGGAGUUAAAAGCCGAGUAUUCUAAUUUUUUAAACGAAUAUGAGCAACUCGGUCAUAUGUGUCCGUAUGCCCCCUCUUCGCAGGGUGAGGAAGUUUAUUAUAUACCUCAUCAUCCCGUUAUAAAACCGUCGAGCUCGUCUACAAAGGUACGAGUCGUAUUUAACGCGUCGGCUAGAACGGAUAUUGGUAAGUCUCUGAACUCUACCCUCCUUGUGGGCCCUAAAUUACAGCAGGAUUUACCGGCCAUUAUAUUACGUUGGCGUCAACAUAAAUUUGUCUGCUCCGCCGAUAUUACAAAGAUGUUUCGGCAAAUUCGAAUACGAGAGGAAGAUACUAAAUUUCAAUUAGUCUUGCAUCGAUCUCCCUCGACCCAUGAAGUGACAUCUUAUCGGUUGCUAACAGUAACAUAUGGAACCACCUCUGCUCCUUACCUAGCUCAGCGGACCUUAAUUCAGCUUGCGGAUGACGAAAAGGCUAACUAUCCAUUGGCGAGUGCCAUUGUCAUCGAGAAUACCUUUAUGGAUGACACCUUUUUCGGAUGUUCAUCGAUUAACGGUUGCCGGGAACUAAGAAAUCAGCUCAUUUCCUUAUUUAGUCGUGGAGCCUUUUCUUUGCAUAAGUGGACCUCCAAUGCUCCUGAGUUAUUGGCAGAUUUACCGAGUAGUUUAAUUGAGAAUUCUCAAAACAUAGCACUUCAAGAGGACUCCUAUGUAAAGGUUCUAGGAAUUUAUUGGGAUCCCGCCCGUGAUGUUUUUGCCUUUCGCGUUGAUCCUGAAAUUCCUCAGUGUCUUAAUAAAAGAACCUUUUUAUCAUUUCUUGCAAAAUGCUAUGAUCCCUUAGGGUGGUUAGCUCCGGUCAUUGUUGCAGGUAAAAUAUUAAUGCAACAAAUUUGGACACUAUCAAUUGCUUGGGAUAGUAAGUUGCCUGAUCCAAUCUUCCAUGAUUGUCUCUCAUUCUGUGAGGAUUUGCAAAAUUUAGCGCAAGCUCAUUUGCCCCGCUGGCUCCAGAUCUGCACCGUUACAUGUCACGUCGAGCUUCACGGUUUUGCCGAUGCCUCAAAGAAGGCCUAUGCUGGAGUGAUCUACUUGCGAGUGGUUCGAGAGGGAACAACCGAAACAUUUCUUCUCACCAGCAAAACCAAGGUGGCUCCACUUAAAAUUUUGUCCAUUCCGCGGCUCGAACUAAACGCGGCUGAAUUAUUAUCACGACUAUUAAAGUGGGUUGCUUCCGCUCUACACUUGAAUUGUGAUAUUCCGAUGUAUGCCUGGUCAGACUCCACCGUAGCCCUUGCGUGGAUCCGAAGCCCUCCAUCAAAUUGGAAAACUUUUGUGGCAAAUACAGUAUCGGCCAUUCAAAGUCGAUGUCCUACAGUUCAGUGGCGCCAUGUUCCGUCCGAAGAUAAUCCAGCGGAUCUAGCUUCCCGUGGGCUACGCGCUUCCGAUUUGAUAAAUAAUACUCUUUGGUGGCAUGGCCCUCCCUGGCUCGUCUCGGGAGACUGGCCAUCUCUGGAACCAUCCGGAAAUGAGGAACUUAUUGAAUUGGAAAAUUGCAAAAAGAGCGUACACGUAACUUGUAGUCAGGAUUGGGAGUUCGCUUCUCGGUUUUCUGAUUGGGGUAAACUAAUUCGAGUUACAAGCUUAGUUUUACGAUUUAUUUCUCGACUUCGCCGACAAGACGGCAAAGAGAUCAGUCCCCUUACUUGGAAAAAGCAUGCCAAGAACCUUUGGAUUAAAUAUAUGCAAUCUCAGACCUUUGAAAAGGAACUGGAGCUUCUAAAAAGGGGUGAAAAGCUUCCCCGCUCUAGUGUUUUGGCAACUAUGAAUCCCUAUUUGGAUAAGGAAGGGAUUAUUCGCAUGCAAGGACGAUUGCAGCAUUCUCCACUGAAUUUUAAACAAAAAUUUCCGAUCAUCUUGGCUAAUUGUCCAUUAGUGAUUCUCCUGGUUCGGCACGCUCACCUUCGCUCUUUGCACGGCAACAAUGCAUUAACCGCGCGCAUUUUACGUGAAGAGUCGUGGAUUAUUCGGUCCAAGUUAAUUAUACGUUCGGUUAUUAAUAAUUGUGUGAUUUGCACGAGAUAUAGAGCGAAUUUAGGUCAACAACAGAUGGCACCCCUUCCCUCCAUACGGUUUCGUUGUGAGCGUCCAUUUUUCAGUGUGGGCAUCGAUUACGCUGGGCCUCUAUUUGCCAGGGCACUGCCUGGUAGAGGACAUCACUCGAGGAAAAUGUAUAUCGCAGUCUUCGUUUGUAUGACUACACGUGCAAUACAUAUAGAGUUGGUACAUGACCUUACGACUAACGCAUUUCUCGAUGCUUUUCGUCGCUUCAUCUCACGGCGUGGGGUUCCUGCCCAGCUUUUAAGCGAUAAUGGCACCAAUUUCCAAGGGGGUCAAGCCGAAUUAGCUAAAAAAUUUCGUUCUGCUCUACGAAAUCCGGCUGUGGAAGCUAAGAUGUUGGAGUAUGAAAUUGAAUGGCGCUUUAUUCCGCCCUCUUCGCCCCAUUUUGGAGGAAUGUGGGAGGCCGGAGUAAAAUCCAUAAAGUACCAUCUUCGUCGCAUCGUAGGAACUCACACGCUAACGAUUUCGGAAUUAGAAACAUUAUUAUGUCAAAUCGAGGCAUGCGUUAACUCGCGUCCUAUCGCCGGUUUCUCAAGCGACUGUGAUGAUUUGAGUUAUUUGACCCCGGGUCAUUUUUUAGUCGGUGCUCCACUUCUAUCAUUGCCUGAACCUUAUAUUCCUUCGGCUAUUUCUACUAGUCUGAAGCGUUAUCAUCUCGUCCAACGCAUGCGAGAUCGCUUCUGGAAAGUGUGGCAAUUAGAUUAUAUAAACACUCUACAAAAACGUUCUAAAUGGCGAUUAGCCCAUCCGAAUUUUAGGGUCGGAGACCUCGUCCUUAUUAAGAAUGACAACUUACCGCCGUCGCGUUGGGCAUUAGGUAGAAUUACCAAAUGCAUUCCUGGUAAUGACGGAUUAGUACGCGUCUGCGAAAUAAAGAGCGCAUCCUCGUCGUUUUUGCGGUCCAUCCAUAAAUUGUGUCCUCUUCCGGUUAAUGCGAUGGACGAUAGUCCCACGGCGGGCGGGACUAUCUCGAUAACUAACAUUAAGCGUUAA